ACCCGCGCCGAAGCUCCCGUUGAUGUGCGACGCAGGGUAUUUUCCAUAGCUGGGAUGGUCUUCAUAACAGGGCCGUCUUGCAGUAACGAGCAGCCCGUCCAUUUCUACAGUCAUGUUAUAUCCGAACCAGUCCUGCGGGGGAAAGGAGAUACUCGCCUCCGAUGUCACGGUUGACAGUGCGUCUCAUGGCCAUUCGCAGUGCCUCUCAGAGAAAUGUACCGGAACGUCGAUUGUCGAGCCGCCGCCUUCGACACCGGCAGAGGACGAUGCAGAUGACGGCGAUGAUACGCGAUCCAUCAGCGGCCAGCGCAACACCAUGUCGGCCGGGCAGCUACGAAUUGCGAUACCGACAUUAUCAGUCUGCCUGUUCGUGUCCUUCAUCGACCAAACAAGCGUAUCAACGGCCACGCCUGCCAUUGCUGGAGACCUGAACACGGGUACUGCGACUUCGUGGAUCGGCACGUCAUUUUUGAUUGCUUCGACCGCAUUCCAGCUCAUCAAUGGGCGGCUGUCGGACAUCUUUGGGAGAAAGGGGCUUUUGCUGCUGUGUCUGGCGCUUCUGGGCCUCGGGGAUCUGGGCUGCGGGUUUGCGCAGACAGCGGAGCAACUUUUUGUGCUGCGCGCGAUUGCUGGUAUCGGGGGUGGCGGCAUCAACAGUCUCGUAAUGAUUAUCGUCAGCGACAUUACAACUUUACAGAAUCGUGGCAAGUAUCAAGGCUGGCUUGGCUCGGUCAUAGCUCUCGGCAACGGCAUUGGCCCGUUUCUGGGCGGUGCUGUGGUCGAGGGCGGAUCGUGGAGAUGGGUGUUCUGGAUGAUCCCCAUCAUGACGCUUCCCACUACAGUGGUUCUAAUAGUGUUCUUGCCCCUCAAGCAUACAUCAAGUGACACACUAGCGAAGAUGAAGCAAAUUGACUACGGCGGCAUAGCACUCAACAUAGCGUCGACCCUUCUGUUGUUGAUCCCGCUGUCCGGAGGAGGCCUCACAUACGCCUGGUCGUCCGCAUUCUUCAUUGGUGCUACCGUGACGGGCGCGGUCUUGACACUUCUAUUCGUCCUCUACGAGUGGAAACUUGCGCCUCUCCCCAUCAUGCCUCUCCGGCUGUACCGCGCACCGCAUUGCUGGGCCCUCUACCUCCAGUCUUUCCUGACUGGCCUUGCCUACUUCGGAAACUUCUUCUACCUCCCCAUCUACUUCCAAUCGAUCCUGCGCUACUCUCCGCUCGUAUCUGGCGCCUUGAUCCUACCCCUCGUCAUCAGCACCUCCUUCGCCUCCAUUGCGAGCGGCUACUACAUGACCCGCGUCGGCAGCUACAUGCACUGCAUCCUGCUUGGCUUCAUACUCUGGACCGUCGGCAACGGGCUCACCCUCAUUCUCACCCGGCAAAACAACCUCGCCGUGCUCAUUGUUGCCCUUGUAGUAGAAGGCGCCGGCAUCGGCCUCACCCUCCAGCCCACCCUCGUCGGCAUGUACGCCAACAGCCGCACCUCCGACCGCGCCGUUACAACCGGGCUACGCAACUUCAUCCGCACCAUCGGCGGCGCCUUCGGGCUCGUCGUGUCCGGCGUCGUGCUCGCGAACACCCUGCGCCAGCGCUUGCUCGGCGUAAGUUUUGUCUCCGACGGGCUGCUGGCGGCGCUCACGUCGUCGACUUAUGCGCUCGACGACCUUGAUCUGGCGCCGGCUCAACGCGAUCAGAUCCUGGAUGCGUAUAUGCUGGGGCUGCGGUAUAUAUUUGUGUUCUUCACGUGUUGCUCGGGGCUGAGUCUGCUUCUGACGUUGGGCGUUGGAAAUACGAGCCUUAAGGCUGCGAAACCGGCUGAGGAUGAGGAAUCGGGUAUUGAGCCAGCCAUUCUCGGGCAGGAAAUCGGAACUGAGGAGACGAAGACUGUUGAGAAAACGGAUACUACUGAGAAGAUGACUGCUGGGCAGAAGACACAUGUGCACCCGGGCGAUGGCCCCUCUGUUCGGUCGUAGUCAAUGCAGACAGUGAUAUGUUAAGAGGAGUUUGAUACUGGUAAAACUAUGUAUUACAAAGUAGCUAUAGCCCUUCCUGAGCCAUAUCGAGGAGGUGAUUUCCAGCGAAUCCACCAGCGAAUUCACCAAUGUACAU